AUGGGUUUAUGUGAAGUACGAUGGACAGGAGCUGGCAGAAUAGUGUCCGACAGAUAUAACAUCAUUUACUCAGGAGGCGACAAACAUGAAAGAGGAGUAGCGGUCAUCAUGGACAUGCCAACAUCGAAGACACUAAAGGGGUACCUGACAAUAUCAGACAGAGUUAUGCUGGUGAGACUGAAAGGAUCACCAUUCGAUACAACCAUCAUCCAAGCAUAUGCGCCAAUCUCAGAAAGCACAGAAGAUGAAAUAGAGAAAUUUUAUGAUGAAAUAAACCAAGCAAAGACACAUUGUAAAUCACAAGAUAUUGUCAUAGUCAUGGGUGAUUUUAAUGCAAAAGUGGGAGCAAUAAGACAUGAAGACAUAGUGGGUCCAUAUGGACUGGGAAACAGAAAUGAAAGAGGAGAAAAACUGUUAAAAUGGGCCAUCCUGAAUGACAUGAUUAUUGGAAACACUUGCUAUGAACAACCACCAAGAAGAUUAUGGACCUGGAAGAGUCCUGGAGACAGCGCUCGCAACCAGAUCGACUAUAUCAUGAUCAAGAAAAGAUACAAAAACGGGAUGCUCAAUGUCAAAACGCGGCCAGAGAAGCUGCCGUCAAGCGACAAUUUUUUGGUCACACUGGUCUACCGUGUGCUUGGCCACACUAAUAAACACGGUGGGGGCAAAGGAGAGAUGUCGGCGGAGAUUUUCCAGCUGAGCCAUAAACAGCGCCGGUCUGUGCAGGAUGAGGUGGACGAAACUUUGUUGUUAUCAUGCAAGAUGAAAAUGUCAGAGAAACCGGAGCUGCUGGAGAGGCGACGUUAUGCCUCCGUCAUGAUGAGAGACGUCUUCAACAAUGAGCAUAAAUUAGAUGGGCAGGAUGUGGAGCACCAGGUACGGAAAUUGAUGGGGAGGGAGCCUGGUGCUGUGAAAGCUGUCCUUGGCAUGUUUAUGGCGCAGGUCAUGACAGAAUCAGAGGCUAAGUUUGAUGAACCGACAUGUCGUGAGCUUAAGAAUAUCGUUCCUGAGUCUUUAGCUGGUUACAUUCAAGAGCAUUAG